AUGUUAUUUCCUAUACAGAAAAAAUGGAAAACACAAAAGUUAGAAUUAGAAAAAAUUAAAACUUCUCAAGCAUUAAGUCUUAGAAAGACAAGAGUUCUUAGUGGUCAUGGUCAUAAGCCAAUGUAUUCAGCUUUAGAAUAA